AUGAAGUUGUCUUUUGCUCUCCUUGCCUUGGUUUCCGCCGGUCCCCACAUCCGAGGAACUGAUUGCGAGAACAAGUGCUACACCUACUCCCAGGAAUCCUUCAAGAAGUGCGUCAAUGAAGGCGGCUCUGAGGAGAAAUGCAAGUAUCUUAUGAAGGAGCAAUACAACUCGUGCGUCGAAAAAAGCUGCAAAGAUUCUCCCAAGGCUGUUCGAAUGGCUGAGAAGAUGGCCAAGAAAUUCGCUCGAGGACUUGCUCGAGGUACUGCUUGCGAGAACAAGUGCUACAGCUACUCCCAGGAAUCCUACAAGAAGUGCAUCAAUGACGGCGGUUCUGAGGAUAAAUGUGACGCUCCAAAGGCUGUCGUUUUCGAAUCCAAGAACGAUCGAUGUGACGCUUACUGCACCGAUUACGCUCAGCAGGCGAUGCGACGAUGCAUGGCCGUGGAAGGUGCAACUGAGGAACGAUGCGCUAACUACGCACGAGGCGAGUACGCCAGCUGCUCCGAGCGAUGCAAUGCCCAGGUUUCCGUUUUCGGCCCCUGCGAGGAUCGAUGCGAUGCUGCCAAGGAUGACCAUCUCAAGCGAUGCGAAACUCUCGAAACCGAAGAGGAGCAGGAGCGAUGUCGACGACACGCUGGCCAGAACCACCGAGAAUGCUUGAGCAACUGCAGCGGAGGUGGACCCGAGCCCGACUGCAAAACCCGAUGCGAGCAGCGUCACCACGAGGAGAUGCGAAAGUGCCAGACCCUCGAAGAUGCUCAAGAACAAGAACGAUGCGCUCACCAAGCCCAGCAGAACUUCCACAAGUGCAUGGAGGAAAACUGCCAACGACCCGAGUAA